GAACAGAAGAAGAUAGCAGCAACAGCAACACUGAUGCGACCGUAAAUGCUAGUUUUUGUAGAAGAACAUAGUUGCUGAAUUUUUUUAAAUACAUCAUGGUUGCAAUCGACAUUGAAGUACGGCCAGAACAAAAUGCCGGUGAUGGCAACGACAGCGAAUCGAGUGGAAGUAGCGCAAUCGUCCCCAAAUUACGGCCCARAGCAGGGUCCGCAAGACAACUCGGUCGAGAGCAACUCAAUAGUGAUGACUUCAGAUCGAGCUUGCGUCGAUCGCAAUCUGCAUUUGUAAGUCCUGCAAACCUGAUUGGGUCGGUCMACUYGUAUUUGACGUUAAUUUAUCAAUAUCACCUCUUUUCAAUCUUUCUGUUCCACCGACAAAAUUCUAAUUUUGACAAUAUUUUGUAACCAUUUGUGUAAUCCAAACUUCAUAGCUCCGAAGCAAAAAUGAAGUGGUAGCUAUGCCACAAAAGGAGCGAGUCAAGGUUCAAAUUAAAAACUUUUUUAAGCGCGUUAGAAAGUCCGCAAUCAGUGAUGAUUCAAUAGACGCCCCGGCAGAUCUAGAAAAGGCUGACGUCGAUUUUCCAGUCAAAAGCAGCUCGCCACAAUAUCGACUAGAGACAACAACCAAAAGGUCUGUCUUGUGUUGUUUCAGGGGAGCAGUCACCGCAGCCGAGUUGUCGGACAUCAAACCAAACAAACAACUGGCAAGCUUUUUGCAUUGGAUGUUUCGUUCCAACUUUUUUAUUCUAUUUUGUGUCAUGUGCCUUUGCUUCUUCGGGCUGAUCGUAUUUUUUGCGUGUUUCAUCAUUGCAGCAAGUGAAAUGAAUGAAGACUGCGUUCGUGCAGGUGAGAAAGAAAGGUUCUAUUUCAUUUCUCGUCGUGGCGACGCUCAGACUACAGUUGUUUUUUUUAAAUGUACCGAUACAUAUGAAUAUCUCAUUCGUUAUUGGCAAUUUUUGUUUGUCGCUUGCGAACUUUGAAUUCAUUUGGUAGGGGGUGAUCCCGGUAAAACUUUUGGGGAUGCCUUCACACUCAGUUGGACCACCUUUUCGACGGCAAGUUCAUAGAAGAGGGAAAAAGUUGUUUAUCGAAAGUGAAUGCUCUUUGUCCGCCGACUGAUGCAACGAUUUACUAACGAUAUUGUCCUUGUUUUAAUGCAGGUCGGAUAUGGAAGYCUUUACCCAGCCUUGAGUCACGAGAAUGAUAGCCCAGACAACUGCAUUUUUAUUACUUUCAUAUGUUCUAUGGAAUCCUUUGUUGGCGUCCUAUACUCCGGGUUCUGUGGUGCAAUAUUAUUUGGAAAGGUGUUGAGGAUCCAGUCCCACGCUCAGGUAAUUUUUUCUGAUGCGAUCGUUAUUCGGUAUGGCAGCGGUUUACAGGAAAAACAUGAUGACGACCACAGCCAUGAUGAUGAUAUAGGCGAAGAUGGAAGCGAAGAGAAGAAAAUUCCGUGUCCAGUUUUAGAAUUUCGGAUUGUGAAUCGUUUAUUUGAUGAGCCUGGGGGGGAGAUUAUGGAUGCAAGUCUCAAUGUUGUAGCGAACAUAAAUGCCCGUGAUGCCGACCCGGUUUUAGUUGAUGCAUUGAACUCUUCACAGCGCUCAAAAAAACUUCGAARGUAUACUUAUCGAAGUGACGACUUUUACGGUAGCAAUAGCUAUGGACAUCGGCACUUAAAUACCUCUGAUUCCUUAAUGAGUGAUACUAUGAGUGAGGGAUCUGGACGUUUGUCAUUAGACUCUCGACGGUCAAAAAAAUCUAUCUCUUUCGUGAGCUCUCUCAUUUCACGAAAUCAUCGGACAGUUGACGAAGAUCCAUCUUCGAGGUUGGUUGGCAAGCGAAUAUUUUCCAAAAUGUAUUUUGAACAGUGCGAACAUCCCUUUUUCAAACGUGUUUGGGUUGGACGGCAUAUCCUCAAUGGAGAAUCUCCACUUGUUAGGCCACGUGUGAAGCGACUCAUUCGCAAAAAUGACGGAUUUUGGCCAGAGAAAUUGAACGAUUAUACGUCUGUGCGGAGGAGUUUGUUAUUCAAUCAAAUUCUUGUAUCCCUCAACGGUGUUUCCAAUUUGAAUGCCCAUGAAGUUUACGCUCAAAAAAUCUACGACUUUGUUGAUAUGAAUGUCGGUUAUCAGUUUGUCAACACAUUAUACAAGGAUGUGGAUGGAAGACUCAAAGUAGACACAGAUCUCAUCAAUGAUGUUCGGGAGCAAUAUGGUGGGGGCGGGGAACCCUUGAUUUUGGAGGAAAAGUCAUAGUUUAUCAUUGUUUCACCUUUGGUAACCGAUUGCUUGUUGAUAUCAUAAYGCACUUUAAAAACAUUGUAGUCAAUCCAUGGACCAGUAAAUCAUCUUGGAACCAAGCUGUUAUAAAACUGACUUUUGGUGCUUUCUGAUUCAAUCCUCUAAUAGUUCUUUUGUGCAGUGCGUACCAAGUAAUAGUCCAUGAAGUACGUGUUUACAACAAAGAUUGAUGAAGUACUUUGUACGUGUUUACAGCAAAUACUGAUGUUACUCACUAGCUACUCAUGUUUUUGGCUUCCAAACUCUUACCAGGACUCUUUAAACAUGAAGUAGACCAAAAUUCUAACCCAAGCAUAACAGGCAUCCAUAAAGUACAUUAGUACUACUAGUACUACUGUAGUCAAUGGACUAUUCCUGUUCUUAUAGAAUCGCUAAACCUGUACUAGAUUUUGGACAUUUAUUACUUUUAUUAUCACAGGAAUCAAAAUUUCAAUUGAUG